UUGAUGAUGGUACUUUGUUCAGGCCCUUCAUGAGAAUUCCCUUUUUCCGAAAUCAUUCUGUUCAGAACUCAUUUGCAAAAAUUGAGGUUUCACUCAACCUGUUUGAAAUUUCUACUGCUUAUGUUUAAAUUUGGUAUGUUCAAAUUUGUAUUCCUCGACCAGCUGAACGAAUAGACCAAAUAUUCUUUGCUGUCUUAGCUUCAAUCCCUGCCAAUCGUCCUCCUAAACUCCUAGUUGCUGAAGUGCUGUUUACAAUAGUUUAUAGAACAAAGAUCUAAAAACUCUACGCUAGGACUAUACCCAGUUGUGGAACGAAGUACGCCAACUGGGUAUAGACAUUCCCUGGCGUAGAAUUUUCGAUCUAUGUUCUGACGUUUUAGACUCUAAAGAGUGUCAGACGAAAAGCUUUAGUCUACUCAUAUCUUUGCUUUUCCCAAAGCCAUUUUUAAGUUUUGUACCACCAAAAGAUUUUUUGAGUUUAUUUUCAUUGGACUAUACCGAACCUCUUCACUUUGCAUAAAACAAUCUUGUUUUGGGGGAGGGGAAGGAAGUGAGAUGCAAUAGAAAGAUUUUCAAAACUCUAGUGUAGUAUCAAGCCCUUUGACAGGCAUUUUCUUGAUGGCGACUACAAGCUAACAUUAACGACGUUUAAGUCUACAUACUAUUAAGUCUAUAGUAUAAGUCUAUAGUAUAAGUCUAUAGUAUAAGUCUAUAGUAUGUAGUAUAUGUCAAAAGGAGCUACAUGUUAAGUGCAAGGAUGGCUCAAUGGUUAGGGUCGCUGACUGCAUAUCCAAGGUUUGUGGUUCGAGCCCCUGCCAUGACCAACUUUAACUAAAAGUAAGGAGAGCCAGCUUGCUGUAGUUCCAGGCGUAAGAAUAACGAGGUGUGGUCACAUAGAGAGGAAAUACCAAGACACUACAAAUAAUGAUCAUUUAGGAUAUGUCUGAUUGCUAUGUUGCUGAGUUGAGAUCUUUCAGUUUUAUAACUCUACUCCUCUUCUUCCUUAGGAAUCCGGUUUUAGAUUAUUAUUUGUUUCUAAAUAACUUAAUGUAUUUAGACAGGCGCUUUGGUGUAUAGAACAGGACGAUUCUAAGUUGCAGCUCCGAGUUUUACACGUAAUGAAAUCAUCAGCAAACUGUAAGAGACAUCUAUAUUUGUGUAGAUGUUUAUAGUUGUUUGGCCAGGGUUUGGAGGGACGAGAAUAGGAACAUUGAAUUGGGAAAUUCUAUACACCAGAACAUAGGCGGUGACUUACAUCAAGACUUGCCAUUUAAAAAUGAAGAAUAAAAAGUGCGUGGAUCCUCACCUAAAUAAUCAAACUUGUUCUGUCUAAUUUUCAUGCAUGGACAAGAGUUAUAGAGCAAUGUGAACGUUUAUUCAUUUAAUAAAUCAGCAUGUACUAUACAAGAAAUAAGAAAACUGUGAGCCUAUUUUCAUGUGAAGAUUCAUGUUUAUCAGUGGCGGCUCCAGCCCGGGCUGGGACAAAAGGACAAAAAACGGGAGGGACAAAAGGGGAUCCGGGACCACGCUCUUGUGGACCACGCCCUUUUCCCGCGAGAAGCAUUUUCUUCCUUAGAAACCAAGAACUGCUAUUUAAUUUACCGAUGGUAAUGAACACUAUUGCCUGAAACUUAAAUAAAAACUUUAGGUGUGUAAAAAUCAUGAAAAGACCUAUGAUCAAGUGCUACUAGUAAAAUUUUUCAAAAGCUUUACUGUCACGAAAUCUUAUGCAACGAUUUGUUCAAGGUAAAAAUAGUUCACAAAAGUUUUUGAAAAGAUACCAAGUUUUAAUCGAUAAACCAAGUUUUUAGCUGUUUAUAAUUAUGGACUAUAAGAUCAGCUUCCUCGAUUGUUUCGAAGAGUUGAUAAGUCAAUUAUGCUGGAAACAUCUCUCUCGCUGCAUAUUAAAAAAAGGUUUUACAGCAUUUUAGUAAAUAGCAAGAAACAAAGAAAGGUACUCUACAAAAUUACUGACAAGUUGAUAAUUGUACAUGGAAAAUAAUGUUAUGGCUUCACACCAAAAUCAGCUUCUGACGAUCCAGAUAAUGUAUACCCCCCAUGUUUUCUCAUCAGAUUUGCAAGAAUCUCAAGGACCAACUUUCUGAAACAGUGGGGGAAUCGUACCCCCAUUCCCCCCGUGGCUCCGCCACUGAUGUUUAUCAUUUGACGGCAAUUAAGAGUGAAAGAUUUGUUUUAUAGGCUGAUUUUAGCAUUUAUAUUGUAGCAUCCUACGAGAAACUAUACUUCCCAGCUAAAGGCGAUCUCUUUGUGUGGCCAGAAUUCUGUUUUAAAAUCUUAAGGAUAUCGAGACCAUUUACAUUAACAACAAAAAUUUUCGUCAGAUAAAUUUUCGGCGGAUAAACUUCGUCGAAAAAAAUUUCCGACAACUUUUCAGAAUUUCGUCGUGGCAAAAUAUCGUCGUGGAUUUUCAACACAAACAUAGCAACAUAUUACCAAAAUCUUAAGAGGCAAAACCAUACAGGUUGCUUUAUGUUCAAUCCCAUAGGUACCGACUUCGUGGAGACUUAGGGGCUUGAGUUCCCGUUCGGAAUUCGGCUCAACCCCACAGGCAGCUUUUUCACACAAAACCGCAUGUCAGGAGCACCAAAUUAAAGUGGUAUAUUUCACAAUAGGCCAUUAUCCUUCUCCUGAAAUAUAUUAAGGUUUGCCCCCGCAGCUUAUUUCCCUUGGAAUAGGCUAUGAAAGUGGGGUAAAAAAUGAUGAUGCUUUUAGCAUUCAACGAGUAUAUUUUAAAGUAUAACUGUCAAUAUAAGUAUAAGAUACGGAAAAAAUAAGACCAUCUCCAACACGAGAAAUGGUUCUCGAAAUUGUGCUUCCUGUAGAGUUAAAAAUUUGGGCUGAAAAGUGCAAAUACCUUAAAAGAAUGAACCUCCUAAAAAGACAGAGGUCGAAUCCUUUGAAACCGGCGAGAAAACACAGUUAGAACAGUAGGGUAGCCAGAGUGGUAAGAUUGGAGGAGGAGGGGUUGGGUUGGACAAAGACGAUUUGAGCAAGGAACAUUGGGGUCCACACCGUUUUGGACACAAGAUAACGCACUUUUCCAACCAAACCAAAGAUAUUUUUUGCCAUUGGGGGUGGUGUCCGCCCCCUCGCUAAGCCACUGAGUUAGAACUAUUUUUAUAGAACGAUGGUGAAAAAGAAGUUAGUUCAAGAACCGACAAAAUGAUGAUGAUGAUACCUACGAUAAAGAUAAUUAUGAAGAUGAUGUAAAUGAAUAGAAUGACGUAAUUGACAUCGAAUGGUUUAAAAGGAUACAUAAAUUUGAAUUUUGACCUCACGUAAUAGAUUUUCUAUGCUAAUUCUCAAAAAUCUUAAUUGCAAAAAAAUUCGUCGUGAUAAAAUUUCGUCUCCUUUUGAAUUUAGUCCAAGAACUUUUCGUCAAAAUAUUUGUCCGAAAUUUUUUCACGACGAAAUUGUUUGUAGUUAAUGUAGUUACUACAAGCCUGGCAAUUAUUUUCGCAAACAAACAAAUCAAUUAUGUUCUAACACUCAAGGCAGGAUCUCUCUAUAAGAAUGGCUUAAAUCAGUCUAGAAUCUGUCUCUGUCUCAGGAAACUGUUUUUGGUUCAGGAUCCAAUUUGGCUACAUUUUUGGAACCGUGACAAAACGGUCGUAGUUCGCCCUUGUGAAACCGGGAUGAUUUUGCUAAUUUUGCUCUGCUAUCAGGCAGUUUUGACCCUGGUAUGAAUGCGAACGAAUUUUGUACCGUCACGGUUCCGUUUUUGAAAGGGGCAGUGUAAACGGGUUCUUUGACGGCCAAUUACCGGAAUAUUAGACAUAGCUAGUAAAUUGGUUAAUCAAAGGGUUAAUAGACGAGUCUAAGGGUGCAAUUUGUAGGAUUCAAAGAUGCGAGCUGGUUAUAAGCUGUGGUUAAGUGUGUUGUCAUCAAAAUGUAAUGCCAAGUAAUAUCCAAUAGGAUACAUUUAAAGACAUUGGGAUUGGAUGCAUUUAAAGCUAAAUAUGAAAAAUGACUUUGGAAGUGUGUAGGUUGGAUAAUUUUGUCUAGACAUUAUUCCAUCAAAGGCCGAUUCAACAAAAUUAAUGGGGAAAAAUUGUAAUCUCUUGACGAUAUUUUUGCAUUGGGAGAUCUGGAUAAGUGUAAUUAGAAUCAAGUGGACCUUUUAAAUGAGUGUUAAUUGGAUGAAUACAUUCAUGUUGGUUUGUGACAUUAUCAAAUUACAUUUUUGCUUCAAAUAACAGCUUCUUGUCUUUCAAAUAAAUCCACGAGGACUGCGUAAUUCGUUUCUGACAUAACCCUGAUACUUUUGAAAAAUUGCAUUUUAGAACAUAAUUCAUAGUUCGUUAUAUCGUGAGUGCGUGGGAACCUGAAAAUAAUUCGUUAUAUCGGGAGUUCGUUCAAUCGCAAGAAAACGUUUUUUAGGUCUUUUCACAGUUCACGCCUAAAAACCUGCGAUGAGGCUGUUUAUACUACAUCCGACUUCUGUGCACAUUUAACACAAAAAACCAAGCUGAAUUCAAAUAAAAAUACUGACUGGUCAUUGAAGAUGAAAAUCUUUAUGUUCCUCUUAUAAUUUGGGACCAAGAGAUUAGCAAAGCUGGUAUCACUUUACUCGAAGGCGGGCUGAAUGACGUCUUCGAUUACUUCACCUUUUUUUGUCUUCAGCUUCUCCAUCUGGGUCUCUCAAUAAAAGUUUGUGGUUCCACUCAUUGCCAAUGUCUCUUAUGUAAAAAGGUAUUCGGUAGUAUCAAUGUACUCAUUCGCAUUAAUUUUUGACGCGAUCAAACUUUCAUCUCGUGCUCUGAGCCUAUCAGCCAGGGCUUGUAAUGUAUUAUCAGCAUGUUUUGCCAGAUGCCAAUAGUGAUUUCCCCCAAGAGAAAGUGAUAACUGAACAUAACAAAUAAAUAAAUGAAAAUAACAGACGAAACAAAUGUGAAAAGCUCGUUAUAUUGAGGUCAAUUAUGAUGAAGGGACCCAAACUUUGGUUCAUAAUAUCGAGAGUUCGUUAUUUCCGGGGUUCGUUAUACCGAGAGAGUUUGUAUGGAGUUAGGUAGAAUUCAAGGGACCAGACAUAUAGUUCGUUAUACCGAGAAGUUCGUUAUAUCCGAAGUUCGUUAUUUUGGGAUUCCACUGUAUUUGCAAACAAGAAACAGCACAAAAUCACACGUUGAAGAAACACUAACUUUCUUUGAAAAUUUCUUCAAACAAAUCAUGAAAACUGUUGAAAUUAUCAACCUACAAAAUGAAUUUGUUAUGCAAUAUGAUUACUGACAUAAUUCGAAUUAGCCUGCGGUCAUUCCUUGCUGUUUCCAUCACAUCCAAGAUUAAGUUGAAUCUUUAAACAAUGUGGUUGCCUACCGAGGAAGCAGCGGGGGCUGCACGUACGCUAGAUUCGAAUACGCUGGCCCUUUUUUAUCUCGCGUAUGGUCGUGGAAUUUUGACCUGCUUCAGCCAAACCAGACCCCCAUCUUAACUUCUGACCUGCUUUUUAUAAAACAUAGCGAUGUUACUUAGAAGGUACCCAAUAGGUCCCCUGAUUCCAAAAUUCCUGCUGAAGUCCCGAACAAGCAUGCUAACUUCUGAGUAGAUUCUUAGAGAUGCUCAUUAACUUGAAAAUUUUAAUUUGCACCUUUUUAGAAUAUCCUUUGUUUUCACAUGAUCGAUGACGUCAUUGAUGGCAUGAUUUUAGCGUUUAAAUGGUAAUAACUGAAAAUACCACACCUAUCGAUAUUCGACAUAUGGCAAAAAACUUUCAUAUAAUGGAAGAUCUCUAAGAGCCAGGGUUUAUUUGAACGUUCAGUGAUAAAUCGUCAAGUUUUCAUAUACAGUAAGUUUGAUAGGUGUGGUCAUUAGAAUUUUCAAAUGCAAGAACCAAAUUUUCAAAAAUUUUGUAAAUGUGCAGCGAUAAAAAUUCCUUAAAAUAAAACCUGCUAAGAUCUCUUUCGAUUGAUAUAUACAUUUUUAGGAUUAGCCGAUGUCAGCAUUUUUGUAGCCACGUGACUUUGAAAGAUUUCCUUAAUUUGCCGUGGAUUUCUUGACCAGGGCAAUGGUUGUUGUUAUUAAGGUAUUUGAAUUUUAUGAUUAAUAAUCAUUAUUAUCGUCUUUUCAUAGAAAAUUGGAAUAAGACCCAAAGCCCCCUCAAAAGUCUCGUAUGACCGUGUUCAUGGCCCGUUUUCCUUGACCUAGGAUCUCUGUUCUGAAAUGUAAAUCACCCCUCUUUACAAAAGUAAUCGUCAUAAAAAGAGAUGUGAACAUAUUUGAACAUGUUAGCCAUCGACAAGGACAUAGCUCGUGCAUCAAGAGGUCUUACUAGUGCCUGCAACCGCAAUUAUCUUUAUGCAUAGCUCCUUGAACAUCGGUUUCAAAUGACAAAUACAAAUAAAUGUAAAUAAAUGGAGAUUUAAAUAAAUCACCAUGCUCCAUGCUGCACCAACUGACUCAUGAGAGAUCAGCUUUGUAAAGUCUGCACGCAGGCUACUUUGUUAGGAGCGGCACAGAAAACACUAAAAACCAGAAUAAACAUUGAAAGCUUUCAAGGUCAUGUCCAUCCAAAGAGUUUGAAAUCUCUUGGUUUGGGCGUUAUGAAUUGCCAUGUAAUCUUCCCUUAAAUGUCUUGAAAACUCUCUGUUGCAGCACCCCUUCCUACUUAUUUCAUUAACAGAUUUGCUUUUUGCUGGCAUGGCACAAUGCUGCACCUCUCUACCAGGGGCGGCUGGCAUCAGAAAUAAAUUGUCAUUAGUCAGCCAAGCAGUGGUAGGAAUUACAGGGGCAUUGAAGACAUAGAAAGAACAGACCAUCCUGGAUAUAAAAGAGCUCUAAACAAUACUUUUAAAAGACUUAAUAAUAUUACCUUCUGAAAAUUUCCCAGCAAAAGACCCGGGCAACGAAAAUAAGUAUUUUUUUUCUUCCCCGCAAAUCCAUGGGAAUGUCUCGUUAACACUGUAACGAUCUCUAUUAGAAAAGAGAAGUAUUUGGGUAGGCCAUCGUUUAUAGGCCAAACAGUUGUUCAUGCAUUGGACUACAAGUUGAAAUUGCGGGGAAAAACUUUAGAAACAACCCAGUGCCCAGAACAAGUUUGAAUUGUGGUAGUUAUUUUGUUUGCGAUUUUGUUUCACAAAGUAAGCGGCCGGUACCCCGAAAUGCGUUAUAAAACCGAGGCUAAUAACGUGCGAGCUGCGGUGCGAGUAAAGUACAAUUGGUUUACUCCAUCUCUAUGCUUCAUUUCCUGUUUUCUAUGACGAAUGGUCACAUUCACAAGGGAAAUGGCGAUUCGCGUUAUUAGAAACGCAAUCCUAACAACGGAGAUGUUAGCAUAUUCAAAGGAAGAUUGAAGGCGAAAGAAUUUCAAUAAAAGUCUAUUGACAUGCGAUGCCUUGAGCACGAAACCAAAUCAGGGUGUAUGAAAAUAAACGAUGACGGCCACUACAACCCUAUAGCAUUGAAAAAGUAUUGUUAUUAGACUACGUAAUAACAUUGAUAACGCUGUAAGCCGCCCCGCCCCUGCCUCUACUCUCCACCGUUGCGGUGGAGAGAUCACUUGACUGAUUAGUGGAGAUUCAAUUGGCAGCUAUUUAUUCACUGGCCAUAUUGCCUCUAAUGAUAGUGUCUAGUGUCUGCUUUGGCUUGCUUAUUCAGUUUCGGAUUUGAAGGAUUUUGCGCGACGUUCGUGAGCGAGAUCUCAACUUCCACCGCCCAUCGUUCCAUUCGCGAGCACAGAUCUUCUUAAGUUCCGUUCUUUGCAGCAAGGUUUCGUAUUACAGCAAGGGAGUUGACCGAAAACAGUCCUUUGCAAGCAGUGAAACAGGAUGGCGUUGAAACUUCCAGCAAUAACUGUUGAACCUUUGAUGUUCCUAUGCAUGCAGUCAUUCUUCCUGCAUUUGGUUGCACUGCCACAGAUUGUUCUUGAGAACGUGUGCUUGAAAAAGCACAAUGAAACGAAGUGUGCAGCCAUGUACACUGGCUCAUUCAAAAAGGAGUAUGACACAGUUCAAGAGGAGUCGACCAUAUGGUUCGGUGCUUUGUUGGUUGCAGCUUCAUUUGUGACAGUUUUGUCUCUGCCCGUUGUUGCAACGUUAUCAGAUGAAGUUGGAAGACGCAAAAUCAUGAGUUUGUCUCCACUGAGUCAGUUAAUCCAGAGCGUUAUACUCGUGUGUAUACUGAGUGCAGGAAUGCGUUUCCCUACAUGGCUUUUGGUUCUUGUUGGAUUGAUACCUACUACAGUGGGUGAUGUCAGUGGCCUGUACGUCUUCACAUAUUCAUACAUAUCAGAGAUAACGACAGAAAAAACAAGGACUUUGCGAAUUAAUCUUUUAGAAGCAGCCUCGAUUUUAUCUGGUUUUGUAUCAUCGUUCUCGAGUGGGUUCAUUAUUGAACGCUUUGGAUAUGUUGGUAUCUAUGUCUGUUGCCUAGUAAUAGAUAUUUUAGCUAUUAUAUAUCUUCUGUUCUUUGUAAAACCCAUUGACAAAUUAACCACGAGAAAAGAUAUGGCUGCGCAGGACAACGUUGAAUUGGAUUGUCAUAACUCAAAGACCAGUUUGGAGGAAACAGAAGCCGCACAAGAUGACAAUGUAGUGAAGAAAGAUGUUGAAAAUUGCGAUAGUGCAAGAGAAGAGAGUCAAAGUUUGAUGGUUGCAAAAAAAAGUGACACUGAAAAAUGCAAAAUCAAGAAAACAAACAGUUCUGCCAACAAAGAAGAUUGUGGUAAAUCUGCGAGACUUUGUGGUGAAACAGGAGGAAAUUUUGCAGCAAAACUUCUUAACAUACUGAAGGCCUCAAAUCCUAUCGGAAAUUUGAAGAGAGUUUGCCAAGUCCUGAAACUGUAUGGUCAGCUGACAUACGGGCUUUUAUUGUUCCUUCUUAUGAUACUUGCAGCUAUAACAUAUUCAGGAGAACUUGCCGUUAUUGUUCUUUAUUUAAAAACCGACCCCUACUACCUAGAUUCAGUAGAAAUAGGCUUUUUUCUGGCAUUUCAAAGCGGAGCAUUGGCUAUUCUCGGCCUUGUCGGCUUCAACUUUCUUUUUGCACGUUUCCUUAAACUGAACGAUCAUACAAUCCUUCUAGGGACAGCAUUAGCCUACGUGGCCUACUGUCUUCUGCUAGGGUUGGCAAAUUCGACUUUGAUGCUCUAUUUAAGUCAAAUAGUACACGCUAUGGCUACAUUGAAUGUUUCCACAAUCAGAGCCAUGAUCUCGAAAGUGACCCCUCCUUCUACAGUUGGCCUUCUCUUUUCGGCAAUGCUGAUCGUUGAAGUAUCUUCCAUUAUGAUCGGUGCGAUGUGGGGCCUUUGGUCUACUAUGCUGUUGUGUCGACAUACCCUGGUUCCAUAUUUUUCAUAAACGCUGGCUUUAUGUUUGCCAGUGCAUGUAUCUCUCUUUACCUUAUCUUGUCAAGACGCAAUAAAAACAAUCUAAAUUCGGCGGCCGAAGUUUAGCAUCUUGAAUCUUCGCAAGAAUGGACCAACACAAGCAGCAAGGCGCUUUUGGGUGUUAAAUAAAUUGCACUAGGGUCGCGUUCGUAAUUAAACAAAACUUAUAUAUGAUUAUAAAAAGAAUUGGGUAAUUGAUAUUUACCCACUCUUAGGGACUUGAUAAACAGCCCUCCACUAUUUAAUUAUUUGGUCAUUGACCUUGAAUUUUUACCGGGAAAAAAAUAUUUUUCUUACGUCUAUUUUUUGCUUUUUUGUCAAUCGAUGUUCUCCCUUGCAUUUUGCAUCUUUAUCCCAUAGAAAGUUUCAUUUCGGUAUUAUUUUAGAUCCUCGAUCCCUCCAGUUUUUCCUAGUCCCACACACAAUAAACUUUUUCCGACCCCUCUCUCGUUUUUCAGAACCCUGUCUAGAGUAGUAAUGAAAAUGAAUCUAUUCACAGAGGUCUCAGAUCCCAAGAUCGGGUGUACGCUUUUCAAUGGUAACAGUGCCAAGGCCCCCUCGGCCCCCCGGUAUCUCGGUCCUUGCACAGGGCUGUGUGGGGUGUUUGCUGCCUACAUUCCUGGAUUUCCUCAGCUAGCAUUUCAUUGAGAAUUUAGCUUGCAACUAACUUCAUUAAUCAUGAAUUAAAUAUAAUAAAGUAUCCUUUGAAUGUUUUAUCUAAUUUCGAUUUCGAUCCCAUCAGUGAUAAGAUAUUGUAUAUUAUGUAGUUCUGUGAUAUUGAAUCGCAUUUUGAUUGCAUUUACCGUAAAUAUAGAAAACCUUAGCUAUAUUGCAAACUUCUGUAAAAGAAUUUGAAUAUACAUAAACGGCAUUCCCUUGUUUGACACUGACUGAGAUGACGUUAAAUAUAAAUAUAAGCAAAGGCAUGGUCAGAAGUGCUGCCACGCCCAACGUAUCAGCCUUAACUUUCCAUCGAAUUUUUUGGAUGUCCCCAACAUGUUUCCAUGUUACAAUUCAUAUAAAUUUCUAAAAACAGUGUUACUCGAAAUAUAACUAAAUCUCUAAUCGCGUUUCGGAUAAGCUAAUGAAGCUAAAGUAAAAAGCAAAAACCUUUGUCCUUUGUUUUUUACAUGAAGAUUUAGUUUGAUUGUGUUGAUUGAAGAUAUAUUUCUCGUUUCUGCACAAUUUGCACACCUUAUGUUGGAAUCCUAGUGUUCCCCAAUUGAAGAUCUUCUUGUGUCAGGAUCCAUGGAUAAUUUGUGUUCUGAUUGCGAUUUAUAAUACUUAGAUAUGAUUGGAUUAAUUUUUAUUAGAUGUUUCUUUACGGUUAUUUCAUUUUCAAUAUGUGUUUUACUCUGGCAUAGAUUUUUCCCGCGUUUUCGCGUUUUUUGUCAUAUUUCUGUAAUAGAUUCCAAAGAAUUGCAGCGCCAAAUUUGAGUAUUGUUGAACCUUAUUAGGGACAAGUCUUAUUACUCAUUUUUCUCUUUGUUUCUUUUGGUGAUGGUUGAUUGUUUAGAUUAUACUUUGAAGUUAUAUUUUUUAUUAACAUAAUCUCUUUCUAUUAUCUUUGCUGCUGCGUUUGCAAAAACUUUGUAGCCAGGCUUUGGGUAUAUUAUGGCUUGUCCUUAAUAAUGCAUUUCUAACUUUCUAAUACUAAUAAUAUUUAUUUAGCUAACCAUUUUAUAAAAGCACGAUCCUCAAAAUUGGUUAACAUUAUAGAACAAACUAAAAACAAACUGAGGCUGAGGUACUGUAACAUGUAAUCUUGGGCAAAUCUCAAAAACCUUUUCUGCCAUCAUGGGCAGGGGCGAAAAUCCCGGGGGUGUGGGGGUGUGGGGGUGUGAGACCCCCCAAUCUAAAAAAAGUUGAUUUUGCAGGGCAAUCGAAGAUGAGGACAAGGUUGGGUCCAAACAAAUAAUUUAAGUUUUAAAUUAUGUUCAUGACAGGCAGGGCGCGACUGGAGGGUUAGGGGGCUGAAGGCUCCCACUUUGGUCAAGAUGAGAAUAUUGUUACCCUUUUUUCAAAUACUUUUAAAAACAGUGUAUGAAGUAAAAAGACAAUAAACUGCUUAGAUGCCAAUUUUGUUUGGUCUAUUUACUAACUUAUUCACGUAUAUGCCUAUUAUUCUUUUUUUAUUUGCAUUAAUUCAGCAAAUUACUUUCUGUAUCAUUGCAAUGUCUUCAUUUUGGGCGCGUAAACAUGGCCUUCUCGAGACAAGAAACUGCACAUUUCUGUUCAGGAAAUGAAAUUCUCCCAGUCAAAACAAAAUCUUUCUCUGUCAUUCAUAUCUAUUUGCAAUCUGAAACGAAAGGUUACUGUUUCUUUAUUUCCCCAACCUCUGUCACCAGAGUUUUAGCAUGACACCUCCCCUCCCAAUUUUUCCCAAUAAACAAUAAUCAGUUUUUUUCGAGAACCAUCGAAUAUCUUUCCUAAGCAGUAAAGUAUUUUGCUAAAUUUUAGUCUGGGAGAUGCUUCUUAGCCCUUUUACAACGUAUGAUUUCAAAAGUUUUAUUUAACGUCGGACCCAACCAUGGUGGGUCUUCCUACCUCACUAAACUUGAUUCUUAGCUCCCCCCCCCCCCGGGCUCAAUUUCGUGCGCGCCGUCAACAUCAUGUAGCAAAAAUCAUAUGCCAUAACCACAAUUUACGCUAACGUAGAGAUAUGGAUAUUCCAUAGGCAAUUUAGUUUCAAAUUUGUUUUUAUUGCUUAGAAAUUUAUCCUUGGUAAAACUAAUAUAUAAAGCUAAAAUAUAUAAAUGUGCAUUGGUAAAGCUUUCACUCGUAACCUAUAGACAAAUCUUUGCUUCGAGGUCUGCAGGGCACAACUCAGUUUUGCAGGGCAGAAACCCUUUUCACCCCCCCCCCCCCUCCAACCUAUUGGCCAAGUUAUGCCCCUGAUCUUGAGGUUAGGUGCUUUGUCGGUGAAUUUACAAAUUUUUUUGUAAAUUAAGAAUGGCUCACUCACUUUGUUGGCAAUUGGGGCCUGAACAAUCCCCGUGGGCACGAUAGCUAGCUAUCUCACUGAUUAAACGCUUAAAAUUUAAGAGCUCAUUAAGAACAAUCCAGCCUCAAAAUUUUUCGGAAAAUUAAGAUCAGACAGCCUAAACUUCAAUUUUGCUGGUUCUUAUAAAAAAGAUAGUGUAUUUACCAUAAAUCGGUGCCUUUAAAUACCGUUGUGGGGUUUGUUGAUUCGACCAACUAAUUUUGUGCUGGGUUAUUAGAGAGGCGGGAUUAUCAGAGAGGCGGGAUUAUCAGAGAGGCGGGAUUAUCAGAGAGGCGGGAUUAUCAGAGAGGCGAGAUUAAUUUUUCAACGUUCCAAAGUGUAUAACUUCACAUUUUUGAGAAAAAAAUUUUGACGAAGAAAGCAUCUAAAGAACUAGAGAAUUCAUCUAAUGAACAAAAUGUAAUACUUGCUAUAUAACAAACACAAAUUUUGUUACUGGUGAAGAAAUAAGUUCUGAAUGUGGAAUUUUAACACCCUCAUAAAGUCAUUUUUGUUUUUUCCCAGCUCCAAACAGUGCCAAAAGCGCACCACCAAUCACUGCCAAAAUGCCUCCAGUUGUCGCUUUGGCAACAUCUGAAAAUGGUGCAUUAUCGACUCCCAAAGCCUCUAACAGAUUUAUGGCGUAAUUUUGGCAAUUAUUAAAUACCUUUUUGUAUUCCCCGGCAUUUAUGAACCUUUGAAAGGUUUCGGUUGCUUUUGCGACAAUCGUGGAAGCAGUUGUCACCACUGCCUUGUAGAAUUCAAGUUUUGGCACAUGUUCGUCCUUGAUUGUUCUAGAUAUGAGAGCAGUUUCUUUUCCACGUCUGGUAUCACGAAUAACCACUUCAAUGGAUAUGUAGGUCUUCUGAUCGUGAGAAAAGACAACUGACAUAUGAUCAGCAAAGGCCUUUUUCAAGGAGUAUAUUUUAUAUUCUGCUUCCUGGUUUAAUGCAGGGAUGGCUUGGAAGUUAGCCAGUCUUUCCCACAGUUCUUGCAUGGAAUAGACAUCCUUCGAACAUGUCACGUAGCACUCCUCGCUCAUUUUGAAACUGUUUUCUGCAAGCCGAUCGAAAGUUCAAGCGAAUGAAAUAUAUAAAUAAGUAAUUGUUUCAGCCACCUGCUUUUUUGUGUUUUUGUUUCCAAGAAAUAACUAAUGGUGGAAGUUUCUCUAUUUCAGACUGGGCUGCCACGCAGAGGUUGCUGGCUUCUCUGCUUGUUAACGCAGGUUCAAUAAAUGAUUAGAGUAAACUGUAAAACCUCUUAAAAUGAGGGUUUUACAAACGUGAGUUCUUUGUAGGCAGAAAUUCUCAAAAAUACGGCAACGGCAGAUAAGAUCAAAAUUCUUCUUUUAUGGCAAUGAUACGACUAACGGCUAACAGCAAGUUCGACAAAUAACGACACGGCUUCAAAUAACGACACGGCUUCAAAUAACGACACGGCUUCAACAGGCACGACAAAACUAGCGGCAGAGCUCCAAGCAGUACGGCAAAACUUUCGACAAGACUACUCCUAACUUAUGGAACAACCCUUUAUAUAACCUAAGCAAACCUUAAAAUAAUAAUUACGUAAUACAAAAAACAUAUUUACAGACGCUGAUGCAAUCACAGCGCAAUGGUGCAAUUGUCACGUAAUACUGUCCGUAAGGGAACCCUGUGUCGUUACAAAACUCUUAGAGAAAGACAAUCUAGACGUUUUCAGUAUUUUCUGCUCAACAAUGGCGGCGCCAGCCACUAAACUCUGGGGGGGGGGACAAACCAAAAAAUUUAAGCCACGUCCUCCUAUCAACAGGGAACGCCAAUUUUAUCCAAAAGGAACGCCUAUGACUAGCUUUUGUUUGAAA